AUGGCGAAGGAAGAACUAAUAUCAUCGUUGUAUCCACCCCCUCCUCCGUAUGUUAAGUUUUUCACUGACGAAAAUCUCAAUAAAUUGGAGGAUUGGAAAGUGAAUAAAGCCCAACAACAACAGCAGCAGCAACAGCGGGAGCUACAGGAUGGUGAAUCAAAGGAGGAAGAAGAAGAAGAAGAUAUUGUUCCACCAGGAGAAUUGAGGUUUCUUGUUCCACCAAAAGCUCCAGAAGGUAGUCAUUACCGUGGUUAUGGUAAUAUAUGGUCAUUUGAAGAUAAAUUGCCUAGUUUAAAAAGUGCCAAUUGGGAACAGUUAUAUCCAGAUGAUGAUGAAUCAAUCACAUCAGAAACAAAAAUUAAAGAGUUACAUAAAUUAUCCGAUUCAUUAUUAUUGAAUUUCCUUGAAUUGAUUGGAAUAGCAAGUAUAGAUCCUCAACAAUAUCAAGGUAAAAUCAAAGAUAUCUCACUUAUUUUAAUUAAUAUCAAUCAUUUAUUAAAUACUUAUCGACCCCAUCAAUCAAGAGAGAGUUUAAUCAUGCUCUUGAGAAAACAAAUAGACGUCAAACGAAAUGAAAUCAAUCAAAUUGACAAAAUUUCCCUGGAAAUAAAAGCUAAAAUUGUUAAAUUAACUCAAAUUGAUGAUUUGAAAAGUAAUGAUAGUAUUGAAUUUGAACAAUUUAGUAAACGUAUAGCGUCUGCUUCAUCGGCUUCUUCAGGUAAAGACGCAAUUAGAGAUGAUAUAAUAACGAAACUUCUAUCAGAUGUAUAG